UAAAUUAAAAAGAGCGUUGAAUGAUAAACUCAAACAUAAUCAAUGAAAAGAUUAUGUUAACCAAAAAUUCGCUUUAAGCAUAGGUUUCAAAGAAAUACAGAGAACAUAAGUUAUUAUGAGGUAAGUUUCCACUGGCAAAGAAAACAGAAAUAUUGCCUUCGGUUACUAAAACAAAAACUGGGUUAUGAGAUUACACGUGUAAGUGCUCACGGACGAUUGUCGUAAAAGCGGCAUUUCGUGCAUGCUGAAUUUGACAAGAUAUUAGGGUAGUUAUUAAAACAUUGGUUUAUGCAAGUGACAAGAAUAAAGCUAACGUAAUGGAAACCUCCAGUGGAAGUUCGUCCUUCAACACGACCGAGGCCAGCCAGCUUUUGAAGGACAUAUUGCAAGGAAACACAGGUGUUUCCAGCAUAUCAAGUUCUGUCACUGAUGGAGAUUUUGCCAGGUCUGCAAGGGAUAUCAGUGGAGAGUCAGGUGCCAGUUUUGCAGAUGCGGUGAAGGCACACCUGCCAAAACAGCAGAUAAUUUUACAAGGAAAUGACAGUGCCAAUAGUUUUAGUGUAUAUGGGAGAGAUGUUAGUAUCAUUGCCAGUCAGGCCAGUGGUGCCGCUGAGAGAGUUCCAGCCAGUAAUAAGGUGAAAAUCACCCCAAUGGUAAAUUUUGAAUGGGAGCCCAAAUACUACAUUGGGAACUUGGUUGCUAUACACAGGGAUGGGAUACACAUGUCAUAUGUUCUGACAGGGACAGGCAAAUCUGGUGGCUGUGUUCGGGUGAUCAACAGAAAGACUGCAGAACGAGCACUUUUAAAGGGUUUUACCGGACGUGUGAUGGACGUAGCAUUCGCACAUCACACACUCGUGAUCAUUGCGGCAGUAGACGAGAUGGGUAAUUUGUUUGUCCACCAGGCUGAUGACACAGAUGAUGGUAAAAUACUCACUGCCUGUCUCCUGCAUGUGGUGCGUCCUGCAGAGACGCCACCUAGUAGCUACCACAGAGUCAUCUGGUGUCCAUACAUCCCUGAUGAGGAGGAGGAACAGGGCACUGAGGACAUGCCAACCCAUGACGCAGGCAAACUGCUGGUGGUGACCCAUGAUGAGAAGGCUGAGUUAUGGAGUGUAGACAUGGUCAAUGGAGAGUAUGGUACUGGACCACACAGGGCUGAGGACAUAGAUAUAGGCUUUCUGGCCAUUGAGAACCACACUCGGCCCAUAGUGGAUGCUGCAUUUUCCCCGGAUGGCACUGCCCUGGCCACUGCCAGUCUUGAUGGACAGGUCAAGUUCUUUCAAGUUUACAUGCAAGACAAGGCAACACCAAGGUGCCUACAUGAGUGGAAACCACAUGAUGGGCUGCCUCUGUCUAGUUUGUUCUUCUUGGAUGACCACAAGAACCCCAAACCAGAGGUGCAGUUUUGGAAGUUUGCACUGACUGGAGCAAAUGACAACCGAGAACUGAAAAUCUGGAGCUGUGAGUCCUGGACCUGUCUGCAGACACUAAGAUUUGUGUCCCCACCAGACCUGCCCUCCAACUUCCAAGUGGAGCCAUCUUUGAAGGCAUGUCUGGAUCUCAGUGCUAACUACAUGGUACUGGCAGAUACCAAAAGAAAGGUAUUGAAUGUUCUCCAGCUGUACCAAGAUGCAGAGCAUGGUACGGCUCAUGUCAGCUCUGUCUCUGAGUUUCUGCUCACCCAGCCUUGCCUCAGUAUGGCCAUACUAGAGGCUGGCAGCAAGGUGGUGAAGAAGUCUAGCACACAAGAACAAAGUGGAGAAAUGAACUCUGGUAAUCUAGAUGAGGAUGAGGAUGACGAGGAUCAAGAGGCCAGAGAUGAGGAUGGCAUCAAGGGAUGUCUAGUGAGAUUAUAUACAGUGCAACACAGGGCUUUACAAGAACUACAAAUUCACUUUGAGUUGCAGACGUCUGUGCCCAACCUUCCAGCGCCAUCUAUUAGCUCAAUUUCCCAGGAUGGGACAGCCUUGCGUGAUGCUCUCACAGACAUAAGUAUGGAUACUGUGACAUCAUUAUCAGAUGUGGAGUAUAAAGCCAAAGAUGCUGCUGGCAACAACUCCCAGCCUUUGCUUCUCACACCCGAUGCCUUCACAUCUAGUCCUAGGAAAUCCAGUGAGAGCCUUCACAGUAGUAACACCAGCAGCAGUUUUACACACGUGUCAGCCCUUAACGAGGAACACGGGGCCUCAGUUAUGUCCCCCUCCAGCAGUGUGACAUUGACUCCAAAUUCCAGUCAUGUCCCCACCCCUACGACCCUCCCUCUCCCUCCUGUCACCCCAGGGGAAGAGAACCGCCUGACCACCACCCCCAAACACACCCCCCAGCAUACGCCAAAGCUUAACUUGAGUGCAGCUGAACAAGACCUGGAUGACUUCCUGGGUUCACCUACAUCAACAUCCUCGUCUAUCAAAGGAAACCAACCGCCAUCUUUUCAAAAUGGCGGCAUCAAGGUUGGCGAUAGAGGUGGAGGUCAGGGCGACAUGCUGGACGAACUAUUUGGGAGUCAGGGCACUAAGAGGCAACACCUACAGAGCAGCAGCUCAAGUACGACCAGCAUUGAGGUUGGCCAGAUCAUGGAUGCCAAGCCAAGUUAUGUGGUUGGAGAGACGGCACAGGAGGAGGAAGAAGAGGAAGAGGAGGAGGAGGGAGAAGAAGAGGAGGAAGAGGAAGAACAACAUAGUUAUGGGAUGAGGGUGUGGCCACAGGCUCCUAAAGUGACAGAUGAGGGUCAAGAAAAGGGUGAUGGAACUGAAGACCAAGAUGAAGAUGUGAAGAUAGAAGAAGAGACUGAAGAGCAUACUGGCAGGACAGAUUCCAGCAGCGAACGUGAAGAAAUAUCAUCCUCAUCAGAAAGUCCCAAGAAGAAAUCUCACAGACAUCCCAGCACCAGACAACGGACAUCCAGUUACUCUCCCACUAGUGCAAGGUCUCUGGAGGCUGGCUCUAUACCUCAGCUUCAAGAUACCAUGCAGAACAUCAUGAGUCUGUUACAAGACCAGAGACAGGAGCUGGCCAGUCUUAAGGCACAGCUUCACCAGCAGAGGGAGCACAAUGCACUGAUGGAGGGGGUGCUUGGAAACCGCCUGGAGACCGCACUGGAACAGUAUGGUCACUCACAGGAUUUGAGAUUAAGGGAGGCAUUAAGUAGCACUCACUCCGCCAGACAACAUGACAGCCACCAGGUGGUCAACACAUUGUCCGAGGCUCUGGUCAAUAAGGUUAUUGCCAGUCUGGACACAGCAGUCAAGACAGAGAUCAAAAAUUCUGUAGUGCCAACUAUCCAAAGAAUGAUUCACCCAUUACAAGAGCACCUUCACAGGGAGAUGGCUCAGAAACUCACUGCAACAGACUCUGUGAUGAAAGAUAAUAUUGGCAAGAUGGUCAGGUCAAAGCAAACGGUAGAAGCUAUAGGGCAGGCAGCAGGACAGGCAGUGUCAGGCACAGUGAUCUCAGCAUAUAGGGAAACGUUUCAGAACACCAUAUUGCCAGGGUUUGAACGUUCUUGUCAGCACAUGACAGGACAGUUGAAUGAAGCUUUUCAUAAAGGAACGCAAGAAUAUGUCCAGCAGCUUCAGUCCCAGAUGGACUCGGUCAAUCAGCGCCAAAAUGAGACAAAGGACUACGUCCGCAGUCAGCUCCAGGCGGCCAUGGAACAGUUCAAGUCCAGUACCCAGAGUGUCCAGCAGAGACUGGUGACCAGUGUCCAGACUGAGGUGAACAAGCACCUGCAGCAGACUAUGUCAGGUUUGGAGGAGGCCAUGAUCACACGCCUCAAAUCAACUAUCCGAGAUGAGGUCUCAGACGCCUUACGUGAUCAACAAGAGCGAUUAAAUGAGAGCAUCGCACAAGCCAUGCGCUCUACAGCAGCUACCCCUGUGCCUGGUUUUGUGGACCCUCAGCAACAGCAAGCAGCAAUUCACCACUUACUGAAGCAGGGGCAGUUAAAUAAUGCUUUUCAGCAGGCCUUAUCAGCAUCUGAUCUGAGUCUUGUGAUGUAUGUCUGUGAGACGGUGAACCCGUCACAGGUCUUCAACCAGACGCCAUGUCCACUCCAGCAGCCAGUCCUCCUCUCUCUCAUACAGCAGCUGUCUGCAGACUUGGGCAAUAACACAGAACUCAAACACAAAUACUUAGAAGAGGCAGUGAUGAACCUGGAGCCUACUAAUUCUCUGACCAGGGAACAUAUGCCAGCAGUCCUGAACAAUCUGGUGCAAAAACUCCUUGAAUAUAUAAAUGCGAACCCCACAGAUAGGAUGACUCGGCAACUUAGAAUGUUGUUAAUGGCCUCACAGUCUUUACUGAAAUGAACAGUUCAGGACCGUACUUGAUUUAUAUUUUGUAUUUUUGUUUUAUAUUAAGUUGAGUGGCAGUAGUUUUAUUUUUAUGAAACAAUCAAAGAUUUGAUUAUUAUAACUUGUCAUUGCCAAGGACACUAAAGUUUCUAGUGGUUAAGAACUUAACAGCAGUAUGUGAGUCAUAAAAACUGGAAUAGGCACAGAAUUUGAUACCUGGCUUCAUCUACUUUCAACAGUAUUAGAAACUGGUUGUAGUAGCUCAUAUGUUAAACUCAUUUGUAUCACUACAUCCAUUUUAUAGGCAUGAAAGGAUUUCACCUUGAUAUUCAUUGCCAAGAUCCUUCUGUGUAUCAGUGGAAAUAUGGAUUAUGGCUAUAUUUUAUACAGUCGAGAGCCCAUUUAAACCAGUGGAAAUGAGAACUGGUUAUCAUUUUAUAUAUUUUUUAAAUGCUACCAUUGCAAAUGGAUGGAAGUUUAUGAAAACUGCUUUAUUAAAACAACAAAAACAACAGGAUUAUUACUUUGUAUUUCAAAACAUGAUAAAUUAAUUGCAGUUGUUUGCAGAAAGUUAUUCAUCAAUCAGUUUUUUGAGGUGAAAUUCCAUUCCUUGCGUAUCUUUUGUUUUCCAUUCUUGCUUUAUAAUAUGGCAAAUACCUACUAUACCCUCCAAAAAUCUUCGUGAAAUCCAUAGAAUAUUGAAAGAAUAUGGCACAAAAGACUUUAACAAAACUCUUAAUAUUUGGUAUUUUUUCUAUCAAGCUUGAGUAUUUUUCAGUGCCACAUUGCAUAUGUACAGUGUUUUAUAUACUCCUGACUGUACAUUGAUAUAAACGCGAUAGCACCACUAAAACCCAGUGAACAAAAUGUAAAUCUUAGUUUUUUUAUUGUAUUAAAUAAGGUAAAGUAAA